AUGUUGUGUUCUAAGAUAUCGAUAGGCACUAGACAGUCUACGCGCCAUGCAUCUUACAUCGUUAAUGGUAUCAAAGUCCGAGGCCUGAAGAACCCCAAUGAAGAUCUUAAGAACCCGGCGGGGCUGCACUACAACGAGGUGGACCCAGCAAGGCACCAGGCGAAAUUUAAGCAAGCAUUCAAUCUAGAUAAGUACGGGUUGCAGAUUCCCGACGAUAUUCUGCUGCAGUGUUUGACACAUAAGUCAUUUGCCAAUAGCGCAAAGCCAUACAACGAAAAACUGUCGUUGCUGGGCGGCCAAUUGCUCAAGUGGUAUGCAUCGGCGCUGACGGUGCAACAGCCGGGUGCGGCGGGUGUACAGCAGAAGCCGGUGAAUGGGCUGAAUGUUGCGAAUCUGGGGCACGAGCCAUACACGCUGUGGACUGACAGCAAGGUUAUCUCUGAGCACAUGAGGACCAGGGACGUUGACGACCUGAUCUUCUGGAAUAAGCGGGACUCACGCGCGACAGAGAAAUUCAAUGGCCUGCCCAAGGUCCGGACUACCGUGCUGCAGGCUCUAAUUGGUAGCAGUCUGACAUUUAACGGGGAAGAGAAGACAGCCAAGUUCGUGCUGGAAGAACUGAUGGAUAGUAACAAUGCGAACAGCCUGCCAUCAUUAGCCCUUCAGAUGGCCGAACUAAAAGCAUGA